GAUGAAGAAGUCUUUAGUGAUGAAGACGCUCGAUUCCUCGAAGGUGGCAUUUCUGCCGAACAAGCAGAAGCUAUUGACUUUGUCAACCAGCAAGAUGACAACAACAACGAAGAGUCUAUUGCGCCCACUGUGAUUGAUGCGACGCUUGUCAAACGUCGCAUCACGAGCACGCGUAAAGCCCUCAAUAAGAAUGAGAAGCAACGUGCACGCUUCUCUGAUGAUCCAUCACGAUUCAUGGAAUCAGAAGCGGAGCUCGAUGCGGAAGUGCGGCAGCUUGAUUUUCUUUCUGAAGCGGCACAUUUGUACCCCGUGGCACUGGAAGCAGGACUUGCUGAGCUGUGUGCUGAGUUGCUCGGGCAUGAGAAUACAGAUAUUGCAUGUGCGGCUGUUGAGGUGCUCAAUAGCUGCUUGGACGAGAAUGUGCAACACUCAGAAAAGGAAAUGGAGCAACUUCUGAAAGGCUUGGAUGCUGCAAAUGUCUUGCCAGCACUAGUACAGAACCUUGCACGUCUUGACGAGCAAGUGGCCCACGAGCAACAGGCUUAUUACGACACAUUGCUCAUCUUGGAAAAUAUCUGCAAUUUGGACAAUACCUUCAAGCGAAAGCUUGCCGAAGCAACACGUAUAGUGAAUGUAUUGGUUGCACGGAUACAACAAAAAGAUGUCAAGUCUGCUCUCGAUAUCGCCCAAAACAAGCAGUAUGCAGCAGAGCUGCUAUCACUGAUCGUCAGCGAUACUGCCUCCCCAAACAUUGCUCUCCAAUGCAUUCGAAUGCAAGGUGUUGAAGCAAUGUUGCUCUGUCUCGCGCCGUAUCGCAAAAAGCAGCCAGUCAAAAUGUCCUUUGACGAGGAGUUUCUUGAGAAUUGCUUUGAUGUGCUCUGUCGCCUCGUCUCUUUACCUACUGGGAAAGAUGACUUUCUCGAACAAGAAGGUGUUGGCCUCAUGGAACGCCUCAUGACUGAUCCGAAAGCUGCAAAACAAGCCAAAAGGCGCGCUUUAGAGGUCCUCGACUUUGCAUGUGGAUCUUGGCAAGGUGGUGCUGUUUGUGCUGCUGUCGUUCAAGCAGGUUUGCUCAAACAUCUCUUUGCAACAUUCAUGAAGAAGCCAGAACAGUCAGUACUGCGGAAUCUCCUCGGCCUGUUUGCAUCCUUCUUCCGCACCUUGAAUCCAGGCGAGCCAGAACGUAUCCGCGUGCUCAAUAAAUUUGGCGAGAAACAGUACGCCAAGCUCAUUCAGCUCGUGGGCGUCCAUGUUCAACUCUUUGCUCGACGUCAAGAAGUACAAGCAAAGAUUGUACAGGCAGAAGCUGCGCGUCCAGCGACCAUGAGUGCCGUCGAAAGACGAGAGUAUGAUCUUGUCAACCUUCUCAGUCUGAUGGAUGAAGGUGGUCUCGAUGCGUUGCAGCUCUGCGAUAUCACUCUGGCUUGGCUAUCUGCGGAAGAUGCCGAGAUGAGCAAGUUCAUUCUUGCCGAGUUGACAAAAGCUAGCCUGACGCCUGCAUCAGUCAUUCAGACCGUGCGCGAGAUGUCGACGGGUCUGGAAGAUGUGGUCAAGGAAGCAAUCUCGGAAGGAGAC